AUGGACAAGGAUAUUGAACUGGCUUGUCGCUCAUGUGGAGCGUGUUCCGCUUCAGCUGAUCACCAGGUGCCAGUCCCUCUGCAUCAAUGGGAAGUUCCAACGCAGCCGUGGUACCGGAUACACGCCGAUUUUGCGUACUUCGACGAGAAAAGCUAUCUCGUGGUAGUCGACGCUUACAGCAAGUGGCCCGAGCUGAAACUUAUGACGUCGACCAAAUCUGCUGCUACUAUGGAAGCACUGAGUGACAUCUUCGCUGCCCACGGGCUUCCGGUUCAACUCGUCACCGACAACGGUUCGCAGUUUACCUCAUCCGUUUUCACAGGAUUCUUGAAUCGCCUUGGCAUCAAGCAUAUCCUAACACCGCCUUAUCUCCCCAAAUGUAACGGGCAGUCAGAGAAUAUCGUCCGCUCGUUUAAGCAGUUUCUUCGUCGGCAGAAGGGAGGGAGGAACCAGGCAACGGGAGUUAACCACUUCUUGCUGAAGUACAGGGUAACACCGCACGCCACAACGGAACAGCCGCCAUGCGAGCUGCUCAACAAAAGACACUUCCGCACAGAACUCGACCUCCUUCGCCCCAACCAUCCGAAUACUUCAACUACAGCGAGGGAUCGCAAAAAGCGUAAUUACGAUUCUCAUACCCGGAACAGACGCUUCGCUGAUCGUGACGAGGUUUGGGUUAAGGAGAAGACACGAAGGAAUCACUGGCUUCGGGGAACUGUCAUCCGCUCGUUAGGGGGCCCAACCUAUCUUGUUACCACUGAGGAUAAUAAGGAGCACAGGGUGCAUGCGGAUGAUCUCAAGAUUCGGCUGCCGGAUCUACUAGACUUCGGUAUCUCGCCCGACGGUGAGCUUCCUGGCUAUUCCGCCGUUGGUGGUGAUGCUGAUUCCGAAGACGACCCACAGACCCGAAGGUACCUUGUCAAGGAUCGUCGUCCACCCCAGCGGUUCGACUCAACUUAG